UCGACUCAUUGACUCUGCGCUCAUCCUGUCAGAGCUGCUUUUCCGGGUUCGAUUGCUUUGGCCUGUUUGACUUGUUUUCAUGAAGAGGGGGCACACAGAAACAUCUAACAGCUUAUUGCGUGGCUGUGACAACAAAGGUGUGGCCACCCAGCCCAGCCCUGCAUUGCCAUGGAUGCCUGUGCCCGGAUCAAAGGUGUUCCACUCAAGAACCGUGUCAGCAUCAGGAAAGAGACUGUCCGUGAGAGUUCAGCCCUGUCCCUGAGGAGCCUUUUAAAGAACAGGAAAGAGCUGAGCAAUGUGGUGCCAGAGCUGCACGCUAGAGAGUCACAGUGUCUACAACAAAUACAUUUCAUAUGCUUACCUAGUUCUACAGGAGGGGAGGAUUUCACACUACAGGCUGUGACCUCUCUCUCUACUGAAUUGUUGGAGUUGCUAAGAUCCCUACAUGUACAGACUCUCAAAGAUGAAGAAGUGCUGCUCAUCAAAGAUCCAAAGCGAACCUUGGACAGAAAAGAUGGAAUCUCUCAGAUUAGCUCAUCCAGAGCCAUGUGCAUACUGAGAUAUGGCAGCCCUCAACAGAUCAGUGUUUGUACUUUGCUGGGGCUACUGAGCUGCUAUACGGCAGGGAUCAGAUACGCUCUGGAGGUACAGUCUCUGCAGAGGGGCAUAUCAGAGUCAUGUCAAGCUGAGGAUGAUGACACCAACCAGUCUGUCUCUUCUAUUGAGGAAGAUUUUGUUACAGCUUUUGAACAUCUUGAAGAGGAGGAGACAGUUGUGUAUAACAAGAGAAACCAGAGAGAUGUGGCCUCCCAAACUCUCCCCUCCCAUUUCAAAGAUUUAUCUGGGUCCCGUAUCAUCAUUAGUUCUUUCUCCAAGAAGUCUAAGAGUAGACAGAAGUCAAUUUCUGAUGUGUCAGGAUCAGUACAGAAGUCACCAACAACAUGGUCUAAGGGUGCAGAGAACGAUUGGACCCUAUCCACACCUAGUAACCAAACAAAAAGACGUGCUACCUCUACAUCAUUCACUGAAUCUGAUGAUUCAGACUGCUCUAGUCCAAGUCCCAUUAUUUUUUUGGACGAGGUUGGUUAUCAGAAGAGUCUAAAGGCAAAGCUUGACAUUCCAAAGAUCCCUGUUCUUAAAGAGGGAGUAGAAGAUUCUGACUCUGAAGUUUGUGAGUUUUUUGACAGUUUUGAUCAAUUCGAUGAUCUGGAUCAAUGUUUUGAUUCCACUAUGAAGGUGCCAAAAGAACAGGUCCUCGUUACCCAGAAAAAAAAGCCAUCUGACAGCUCUGUUAGUAAAUAUGAUUCAAAGGGUGGCUCAACGACAAUAAUGAACCCUCACAAGUUUGACCACAGGACUCUUCCAGCCAAUAUCAGGAAGCCCACUCCACUUAAACCAGGAUCUCCAUAUAGUAUACACUCUGACGCUCCAGAUUCUCCACGACCAGUGAGGACAUCCUGUGAGGAGAGUGGGGGAAUCUUCAGCCCGGUUCACUCAUCAGCAUUUAGUCCUCUGGGAGAAGGAGGAGCCUUGGAGUGUUUUUGGAAACUAGAUGGAGAUGUUUCAGAAUUGCGCAAACCACAGGACCUCUGUUCACUAUAUAAAACUUAUUCUGAUUUUGCAAACAAUCUCUCAAAAGAAAUUCUUGGAACCGUUUGUGGGUACUCUUCUCCUGUUGACAUUAACAUUAAUAAGAACUUGAGUUGUGUGUGCCAUAAAGAAUUCAAAAACACUAAUGGACAUCUGAUGAAACUGUCAGAUAUUCAGGAGACGGUCACUAUUGCCAAAUCACACUCGCAGUCUCUGAAGGAUGGGAUUCAGAAGUUUGCCACAGACUUGGUUGAAAUGAGCAUUGGCAGUGCCUUAAGAGAUUUACAGAAAGGAGUGUCAUCCUGCACUACAACACUUUGCCAUUUAGCUGCUAGGCUAACAUCUUCAGUGUUUCAUAUGGCCUUUCAAGAGAUAGGAAUGCGCCAUGCUUAUGUGUUAAAGGAGCGUGCCAUAAAUGGACUGGCUAGUUUCCUUGUUGGAGAAGCAGUCUCUGGAGCUCUGAAAGAGUUUCUGUUUGUGAAAAAGCAGAUUUUUAACAACACUGUCACCAGAUUUGCAGCUGAUCUUGCUGAGGAAUUAGUAUUUGAGGGAAUUAUGGAGGUAUGCCAGUUCUCACAUCCUUCUACACCUCUUACCCCAAAGGAUUGGUCUUUUGAGCAAGAAGAAGAAGUGGUUUGUUCUUAUGCUUCAGAUCUUUCUGAGUCAGUUCUUCAAGAAGCCUUCAUAGAACUGUCCCAAGCUGAUGUGACAUUCACAACACAGGCAGCCAUAAGUGUGUCACUGGACAAUAUCUGCUAUGUCAGUGCUGAAGAUGCAUCUCAGACCACAAAAAUCUGCAAUGCCCAGUCAAGUUACCCAAAUUCGCAGUCGCUUGUACAGGCUGAAAACCAAGAAGAAGAAGAAGAUGGCUGCACUGUAAAGAAAGCUUUGUACUGUGUGUCGGGAAUGGCCAGUUGUGUUCCAGUUCCUGCUGCUGGCAAAGCUAUAUCCUACCUGCAGAACCCAGAGGAAAUGUGUCAGUAUAAGUCCAGCAUUAGUCACACUUGCCAGAGCAGCCCCAGAAGAAGCAUUUGUUCCCAAGGAAGGGCAGUGACCUCCACUUCAAACACAUCCACUGCAACAUUUUCUGAGUCAGUACUAGGUAUUUCCAAAAUCCGUAAUGUCUGUGGUAAUCUUGGGAAUAUAUCUACAAGUGCUGCUGAAAAAAGUUUUGAGAGAGUUUCUGGUGCUAUGGUUGAGACAAUAGUGGGUGAAGCUUUUGACAUUGUGUCCACAAGCAAAAUAAAGAAAAAAGUGGACGACUGUGCUGAUUUCUUAAGUAAAAAUAUAGGGAGUCGUAUGGCUACAUGUACUGGUAUAGCAAAAUCCCAGGAUGUGGCAUGUCAGAGUUCACCACCUUAUGAUUUAUGCAUACCACAGAAAAUCUUGUCUUUAAUUCCUAAAGGAGAUUUGCCUGAGUCAUCGUCAUGUUACUCUCAGCCUCAGUUAACUUCAAAGAACAUAGAUAAGACAGUUUGUCAAUCUGGCUUGAGAAAUGUACGUACACUUGACAAAAUCUCACCAGAAGUCAAGUCUGUUGUGAUGAAGGAUACUUUGGAAGUGCCCAGUUUUGAAGGGGGUAUUCGGGGAGGCAGAAAAAUUGUCUCAGAAGAGACGCUUAACGGCAGCACUGGAACAAAAUCCAGUGGAAGCCCUGGCACUCCUCCCUCAACCCCCCAACAGCCAUCAGAUGUCUCGAGUGAGAAAAAGCUUAAACAGUUUUCAAAGAAGCUCAAGGGCAAGCUUGCUAAGGAAUUCUCCCCUGCAACACCCCCACCCACCCCACAAUACCAACCCACUCCAGGACUCGAAGAGGGCUCAGAUUCAGAGAAAGAGGAAUUCAUGCUGAGGCUCAUGAGGUCCCUUUCUGAAGAAGCUGUCAACAAUGAAGAUGAAGAUGAUGAGCAGGAAGAUGGUCUCAACUCUGCAACCCAUAACACAGAGCAAACUCCCAGUGUGGGAAACAAAAUGAUUGAGAGAGGGGCUCUGCGUUAUGCUGAGCGUUUGGCAUGCCAUAUUGUUUCCAUGGCAACUGAGAUGGAUACUUUAAGCAUUGGCGAUGUAAGUAAGCCAGAGAAUGAAGAAGGCAAUGACAGCUUUGCUUUACACAGUGCACAAUUCUCGGAACAGACCUUGAAUUCCUUGUGGACAUAUGCUGGGGAAAUUGCUGGGGAAGUCAUCAGUGAUGUAAAAAGAAUGAUGAGUUCCAGCAAUUGCCAUCACAAAACAAUGAAAAGAGGAUCUUUUAAGUCAGAUAAGAAUCAGCGUGGUGACUGGAAAGACAGUCACUUUGUCAGCAAAACUAACCAGUGGUCAAAUGAUCUCACUCCACCAGUUCCUAAUUCUCAGAGUAACACUUUGGGUAGAAUCUCAACCCAAUCUGAGUACCCAAGCUGUGAAAGUGUUACUGAUGAGUAUGCAGGAUAUGUUAUCAAGGUACUUAAAAAAGAUGGAGGAAGCCGGGAACUUAUCCUGGAUCAGUACGCCAGUCAGUUGGCUUAUAAAUCUAUCAAAUCAGGCCUAGCUCAUGCCGCACAGAAAAUAAAGCAGAAGACCCCUUUAAGACUUAGCUCAUCUCGACAUUUACACCAUGAGGGCAGCCGCAGCAUUUGUAAGAUCCCACCAUCUGAGUCCUCUCCUGCAAUUCUUACCCGAGGACAAGAAGGGUCCUCUAGCGAAUCCAUGCUGUGUGUUUGUCAAGAUGUUGAAAACAUUGGUAGGAAGGAAUACAUGGAACUUGUGAACUUUGCAGAGUCAUUGGCCUACAAUAUUACAUGUGAUGUCACAAGAAAGCUAAGAAUGUCCUCGAUUAGGCUUCCAAAAUCGCUUACGGACUCAUGUCUCUACAGGAAGUCAAAUGUUGAAGACAUGGCAGAAAAUUUUAUCAAAACCGCAUUUUCAUGUUCAAUGCUACCAUACACUGGGAAAAACAGGCAAUAUCAUAGCACCAGCAGCUUAAAUGAUGGAAAUUACAAUAAUGGUGUUAUGCAAGUAAUUGAGCAUUAUGCCAGGAAGAUUGUUGAUGACACUUUGGAAAUGACUCUGGGGUCUACAGCUCUUCAGACAGCAGAAGAGAGGAGGUCAUUGGAACUGAGUUCUUUCACUGAGAAGCUGACGGAGGCAUACAAGGCUUGCCGGUACUGUCAAGCAAGAGACUGCUCAUUUUGCAAAAAUUGUCACCUUAAGUACCAUGGAAUGCAGAAGAGAAUGCAGCAAGACUCGGACACAAUGGUUGCUCUUGAAAUUCCCAAAAUCCACAUAGAUUUGGACAAGAGAGCAGUUUUCGCUGAAGAAAUGGUAUCUGCAGCACUUGAGAAAGCUAAGAAGGAACAUAGCAGCACGAGCUUAAAUGCAGACAGUGGGAUUGGUCAUGAUGGCGCAAGCUUUGCAGAAAGCCUUACCACAGAGAUCAUGACGUCUGCAUUGUCCAACAUCUGCCAAACCAUCAACCUCAGUGCCCCUGGGAGUGAGAGUGUCAACAUGACAGAGUCGACCGUCAGUCAGCAGCUGAAUCUAAGCGUGGGAGAUGACAGUCUUGGCAGCUGGUCUAAUUUGAGCUUUGAAGAAGACCAUCCUGAUGAAAGUAGUAGCUUCCAUCACCUAAGUGACAGCAGUAAUGGGAACAGCAGUAGCUGGAGCAGUCUGGGGUUAGAGGGCGAGGUUUAUGAAGAGCAUAUAUCCUUCUCCCCAUCAGACAGUGACUACACAGAGGAGAAGGAAACUGAGGCCAAGAACUUCAUGGGUGGGACAGUGCGAGUGGAGAGGGGCCACACAGAAGGGGACAGGACUUUGCUGGUGGUCAGUACAGAUGUGUGGGGGCAGGGCCAAGAUCCCCAACUGAGAAUGGUGCUGCAGUGGAUGGCAGCCUCAAUCACCGAGCUGCCAGUAAUGCAGCUCAGCCAGCAAUCUGAAAGAGAGUUGCAGCAGUUUCUACGUGUAGUUCAGAGGCUGAGAGAGAGGGAGUGGAGAGUUGGCGAGCUCCUUCACGCUCUGCUUAGAUACUACGAGGAGUGUCCAUCCCAGGAGGAACCAUGUGCUGAGGAUACAAGACAUGAACGCAGGUCCCUUUUCCACUGGCUUCUUGAACACCCAUAGACCAUCACCACCCACUGCUUACACUAGUGACUGACACGCCUGUAGUAAGUGCUAACGGCAGUGUACUGAGGUGAAGAUUUAUAUCACUUUCACGUUUAUGUGCAACGUAGCUGCCAGUUUAGAGGUCUAGCCAGUGGGUUGUAUCGGGUAUGCGUGUUUUUGAGUGUAUUGCAUGCCCUGACUGAAGGUAUUUUUGUUCUCCAGCUUUUGUUGUCACUUUUUUUUUUUCAUUUGAUAUUGGAUUGCAUAUCGCACACUUACUAUGUUAUCAUUUGCACUUUUCUCAGUGUUUUGCUUUCAUGCCCUAAGCCAGUGUUACAGCAACAAUCAGAGUGAUGGUAUUGCUUUGUCAAAGGGAAUCCCUAGAGCACAGAUGAAUAUUAGAUUGCCUCUCUUUAUGGGAAUAAACAUGAUAAAGGGACCAGCAAGCCAAACCACUACACCUCCCAUAUCCAUGUUCCUGGUCACUGCAGAAUUUUGUGUCUUGAUAUACAAAUGAAUGAAAAUAGUAGUGGACAGGAAUUAUAGGUCAAUUGUUCAUAACAGAUGCAUAUGCAGCUUCCCAAGUUAACAAAAUACCAUUUCAUAGUAAAUAUUUUGACACUUUAAAAACAGCUGCUGUCGAAAGACUCCAUCAGAAUAUAUUUUGAUAAUAUUCCCCUCUCAGUGUGAAGCCUUUCCCUUUUCAAUGUGUGGUCUCACUAUGGCACUGAAUUUAUUAAAAGGCCCUUAUGGAUAAGUAUUUAUGACAACACAGCAUAUAUAUAAAAUAUAUUUUUUGUAUGACUGAAAAGGUGAGAUGGUGUGGUGCACUCAGAUGUUCAUUAACAUCUGAGUGCACUUGGUAUACUAAACUGUAUAAAAUACACUGUUGCCAAAAAUUAAGGAACACAAAUUAAUAUUUUUUUAAGAGUACAUUUAAGUUGAGUAAAUACUUAACAUUUUAAAUAGUCAGUAAAUGACAAGCUGCUAAACAGGCAAAGAAGCUCUGUAGUAUGAAGUAGGGCAGUUUUGCCAAUUUUCUAAAUUAAACUCUUAACCAGUUAUUUGUGUUAACAGUUUUCUAUAGUUACUGUAAUAGUGAGACACUAUGUACAGUUUGUACCUGAUGUGGGCAUGUGGGUCAUGUUCUUUGCUUGAGAGGGACAGAUAUUAUGGUUGUAGAACUGUUUUUUUUCCCUCCCAUUUGAUUCUGUUUAUGUGCAGGAGUAACUGUAUAAAAUGAACUGAUUCUUAUUUCUGGAUUGUCAAAGAUGGUAGAUGGCAUAUCCUAGAAAGACAAAAAUUUGACAGUUAAUUUUGUUUUAAAUUCUGAUUUUAAUGGUAAUUCAUAUUUCCUUACCCAGACUUUGAUAUAGAUGUUUCUUGAGUUCUUUCUGUUCGUAAUGUUUGUGGUUGCUUAGAUUCCUCAGAGAACCACUCUAAUUUGAACCAUGAAUGAACCACAGCUGCCAGUGCCUGCAUAACUUGGUCACUAAUCACACUCCUUAUGUCUCCUGGAGAUGUUUUACACUCCAGCAGGAAAUCAACCACCACAGUCUUUCCCACACUAUCUCAUUCCUCUCACUGACUGCACUUUCCUGUGCACUCCCCAUGAAGGUAGCACUUUACCCUGGAAUGGCCAUGUAGGUCCUUCCCAACUUAUUUCAGUAUCUCAGAACUGUAUAUUCCCCACACUAGGCCCAAUAUUAAAACCACCAGAAGUUUGUGUAGUUGUUUGAGUAUUAAUAAUAUGCCUGCCCUGUGGUUACGUAUAAGGAUGCUUUCAUACCUGUUAGUCCAUUUGCUGAGCUGUAGUCAGAGCAAAAUUGAUAUUUUUGGUUUGUUUUCUACCUGGUUUGGUUUAGUUUCGCAGUGCACAUAAUUAAACAAACCAAAAAGCAAAAAACUUGGUAGAGGGCUGUGCAUGGCUGAAAACAUACUCAUAAACCUCAUUCAUUCAUUGGUCAGAAAUACAACAAUGAAGAAAGGCAAACAAAGCUUUGUGAAAUGUGCAAAAAUCACCCAAUGCUCAAUAAAUUACUAGAUAAUUAUAUAAAUAACUAGUUAAAACAUUUAAUCUGACAAUUAUUUCUACUUUUUAGCAUAGCAUUUCUACGGCACUACCGCUCUGUACUUUGGCUCAGUUUGCGCCUCACAGCUCUCGCAUAUACAAAAAAUGCAAAAUACAAGGCGUGUUUGGUUCACUUCCUGCAGUUUGAUUGGUUCAGGGUUGAAUUGCUUUCAAACCUUGCUAGCGUUUGCUUGGAACCAGACCUCGCCAGAAUGCCUCAAACCGGUUGUUUUGGACUGCACCCAAAUGCGAUUUCUGUGUUUUCAUCUGCACAAACAAACCACACCAAGGGGAAAACACACCAGGGUUUGAUUCAAAUGGACUAAAUGCUGCAUAUGUGAAAGCACGCUAAGAGGCUUCUAGGUACCAGUCAUUCAGUUUAAACUGACCUAUUGCCAUACAUGUUGAAUCAUUUCAUGUAUUAUUCAGAAAAAUGAAGCAGUUCAAAGUAUGGUUUAGAGAGAUAUGUAUGUUGGAAUAGGCAGUUAGGAUAGGCAGAUCUGGGUAGUAGAACCUAUGGUUUCACAUGAACACUAAUGCAUGCUAUUCUAUCCCUUCAUGCUUACAUGUAUUACUAUUAAAGUGGUGUGGAUGUUCAGUUUGUGGCAUCAUAUCAUCAACGAUUAUUUCUCAUGAGCAUGGUCCAAAGUCAUACAGCACUGUGGCUGCUCGUGCUAUCUGUAUGUGAAUCGCUACAGUGAAAAAUUUCUCUUCUUCAUGGUGCCAUGACUCAAAUUCUGAAGGAAAAACAGAGGAGGCUAUUUUGUUUACAUGAUUUCAAAUUGCCAUUAAAAAAAAACCUUUGGAGGUGGCUAUUGUAGGCAUUAUCUAAAACUAAAUGUGGAAAAGAAAAAUUUGCUGACCACCCUAAAAAAAACUCAUAAUUUAUGUGUACAGUAUUUGCAGAUAUACACUUUUGCCUCUUUCACAGUGGGAUUGUAUAUGCUUUUGCUGUAAGUAUAAACAGACAUAAAUGUGCUGGCUUUGUGUACUGACUUUAUUUUAUGUACAUUCCUAUAUUUCAUGUAUGACCUAUUGCUAUUUGUGUUAUUUAAAGCUGUGUACUGCAGAUUUGACAUUAUAGUUUAAAGGUAAAUAUUUUGUUACUUGUGCAGUGUCAUGCUCAUCUCAGUGAAGUAGACAGACAAUAUUACACUGACUUCUCUAUUUUUCCUGCUUAUUUGUAUUAUCUUGAAAAGUAAGAUAUUUAAUAAUUUAUGUCAGUAUAACUUAUAAUUGUGAUUACACUAGUGAAGUUGCUGAAUAGUUUACAUAUUAAAAGCCUAAAGUAAGAGCACUACACCUGUUAAAGCUGUGGCUAAGAAUAAAGCUUUUUCAUGUGAA